GAGGCGCGAGGGCAGAACGAAUUCGAUGGUUCCGGGUGUGGGAGGGGGUCGACGAUAGUUGUCUUCUGCUACUCUCUAGUGCUUUAGCUUUUCCGAGAGUCCAGUGUGUUUCGCCACCCGAGGAACCCGCGUUCUCCACGUAUAUUAGCGCGAAGUAAUUAAAGAAUAGAUCUUCAAGAUUAAGGUAUCAACAUGGCAACCCAAAAGGCGAGGCUUGUGAACAAGCAAUUCAAUUCUCCUAUUAAUUUAUAUUCGCCACAAGCGAUACAGGAGACUCUAGAUAGGCAGACUCAAGUUUUAGCUAACGGUGCAGUCGGAAUCGACUUCAACCAGUUGGCCAAACCAGCUAACUUGCAGAAUAGCGCGGUUUUACGUAUGCUCGAAGAAGAAGAAGCAAGACAGCGCGGUGGUCAACCCGGUCUCAAACGAGUAGCUUGGCCACCGCCUCCAGAAGAUCAAGACUUCGACUACGUGGAGCAAACUCCCAUCCAAGCGAAGACCCGUGGAUACGGUGAUCUCGGCUCGUACCAGAGCAGUCCCACAUCAGGUCCGUCACCCCAACCAUCCUCGGCGGUCACACCGCAGAGAGCCGUCCCGUCAUCCCCGUCGCCAGUCAGUCCAGGCAGUACGCUUCUGCGACAACCAUCGCACUUUCAACAGACGAAUCCCAAAGGUUGGGCGCCGGUCACACCUCCGGCGACCUCGCCUCUUCCGCAUCAGCAGCAUCCUCCGUUUCCGAGUCAACAUCAACAGUCCCAGCCUUGGCAGCAACACCCUCAGGAUCCCAACGACCGAACACCGCAGAGGCACCAACAGACUCAAUCUAGUUAUCAUCCAUCUAUUCCUGCGGCGUUCGAGGCACCACCUUCCACUAUCAUCCUUCGUCCUGAGCCACCUAUCUCACAGACACCAGCACCAGUAUACCAGGCUCAACCUGCAGCGACCAAAGCUCCGGCAACAGGCAACAUGCGAGGGGAUUUGAAGUGGCCGCCGGCAUCUGUGAAGGCCCAGGUUGAGGCGGAGAAUCGGGCUAGAAUAGAGCUCGCGAAGGGUCCGGUUUUCAGGCCCCGCCGAGUGAACAAGGACUAUAGCGGUUUCUUCGCACAGCACGCUUUGAACAAUAGCUACCCGGGUUAUCGAGCACCGCCGGGUACUCAAUACUUUACACCGGCUUACCAUCAUUAGCAAAUAUUUCGUUUUGAAAAACGAGCACGAAGCAUCGUCUUGAGGUUUUCGUCGAACAGGUCCGAAUGUUCCGAUUACAAGUGUUUUCGAAAAUUGCCGAGAUGCUCAGGACGCUGUUCAUGGAUUUUCAGAGAUCCACGAGAAAUCAGAGAAGCGCGCGAAGAAAUUUGUCUUAAUAAGUCAAAAAAUGAAAAAUUUUUAUCGCGAAAUUUUGUCUUACGAUGUUGCUUUUUCUUUUAUAUUUGAGCCACAAAUCUGCGCACAAAUUACUGUGCUGUCGCUCUUUCAGAAUGUGGUCCAAAUACUAAGAAAUCUCGCUUCCAUGUAACAUUUCGUGCGCUUCUCGGUUUUCAAGAAAAACUUCCAAUUCGAAUUUCGAAUUUGUACGAAUCUGUAUAUACUGAGAUCUGUAUAUAUGAUUCUCGGUUUUCUUUCGUCUUUGCAGGAUAGAGUAAAUAAAUAAUUACUAUACAAAAAUCCACUUUAUAUUUUACGGCAUAUUCGGUUUAUUAUUCGGGCAUCAUUGUUCAGAGAUUUCCAGACUCAUGAAUAUCGCGUUUUCUUUUCUAAAUGUAUCGAAAAAGAGUAAAAAUCUUUAAAUAUAUCUAUAUCUUCAUCGAAAAAUAGUAGAGGAUAAUUUAAUAAUAUUGUACGUCUUUUCUUUUUUGUGCAGGAUUGUUUUUUUAUUGUUUUUCACAAUUUAAAAUUUUUUGCUUGCGUGUCCAGUUUGGAAAUUUCUGAUCUAAAUGAGUUCAAUAUUGUGAUAGAAUUAAUACUGCAAACAGAUUUACAAAACUAACGCUUGCCAUACGAAUCAAAGAAGUGGCGGAUCAUAAGCAAUCGCUUGAAAUAUUUCAAGUGAUAACGGCAGAUUGUAUUUUUAUUGCAAAGACAAUAUGACGAUACGGAAAAUAUACAAUAACGAACUUCGAAUAUAACGUCGAAUAUAGAAAAAUUUAAACGAAAUAAACGAUCGAAUGAAGAAAGAAACACGAAAGGAGAGAUAACAUAUUGAGAAGUAUCAUCUGUACUAUUAAUAAAACGCGAUGUAUUUUAUAAGCAAUUUAGCGCGACAGUCUGCCCAUUAACUAACCGACGAAUAAUUUUUAAUAAUGUAUAUCGAUGUAUAACAUAUAUAUCGAUGUGAAUAAAUAAAUAUUAAUUUAUGCUAGACAAAA